AUGUUGAAAAACACAAAAAUUUAUGGUUUGUCCCAUAACUGUUCGGAGGAGUUAAUGAAGUUUCAGUCACGAGACUUCCCGGUUAUGAAGUGGCUUGACACAGUGGCAGCGAAACGAGACGCCGGCUAUUGGAACGAUUGCGAGUUCAGUCCGAUGAGCUGUUUACUGAGAAGGAAAAGAAAGAGUGCUUACGCCAAUGUUUGA